GCGAGAGUGAGUGAAUGAGUAAGUGAGAAAUACAUUUAGGCUACUUCCAACUAAGCGUUUCACUAAACGGAUCAAAAAUGACUAGUCAAUUCGAAGAAGAUAUCCACGACCGGGGAGACAGUAAGAGUAAACCGCUCACUCUGCUCUCCUCCUACUGCAUCGACAGUAUUCUGGGCCGACGGAGCCCCUGUAAAGUCAGGCUGAUAGGGGCGCAAAGUUUGACAGCUCUACCCGGGAGACAGGAGGACGACAAGCAGAUCGAAGGCUCAACUAAAGACCACCUAUCAACAGACAGGGACCUUCCACCAAAGCUGCGCCGACUCUACGGACCAGGCGGGAAGUACCUGGACCACGGACGGGUUUUAGUUCACGACCUCGAAGAGAAAUUGGAUAGGGAAAGGCUUCUGGUGGACCAAGCCUGCGAGAGUCUCAAAAUCAACCAGGCUCCACAGGUGAGCAUUAGCCGGAGCAAGUCAUACCGGGAGAACGCGUCCCUAAGCCGGGGAGAGGGAGGUCAGAGCCCCGCUGUUGUGCCGGAGGAUGGACCCGGGCUGAGACUAGGGCUUAUGAAGUUCGAGGACGCGGGGAAAGAAGAGGAGAGUUGUGGGGAGGCGAUGGGUCUCUCCCCGACGGACGAGGAGAGGGAGAGCAUCCACGCCGGGGAUGGAGACGUGAGGGACGGCGAGGACAGCGUGUGUCUGUCGGCAGGCAGUGACUCGGACGAAGGGAUGCUAAAACGCAAGCAAAGAAGAUACAGGACUACAUUCACCAGCUAUCAGCUGGAGGAGCUGGAGAAGGCUUUCCGGAAGACACACUACCCGGACGUCUUCACCAGAGAGGAGCUUGCGAUGCGGUUGGAUCUGACCGAGGCGCGCGUGCAAGUGUGGUUUCAGAAUCGUCGUGCCAAGUGGCGUAAGCGUGAGAAGUCAGGUGUCCAGACAUACCCCCCUGGCCACCCUUUCCCCGGGCCCCUGUCUGCCACGCACCCUCUCAGCCACUACCUGGAUGGGGGUCCCUUCUCCACGCACCACCACCCCGCCCUGGAGUCUGCCUGGACCGCCGCGUUUCCUGGUCUAGCUCCUCACCAUAGCAACCACUCGGCCCAGCACCAAGGGACACCGCUGGGCCUUGGAACAUUCCUGGGUGCAGCUGCCAUGUUCCGUCACCCCACCUUCAUCGGGCCCACCUUCGGCAGGAUCUUCUCCAGUAUGGGCCCUCUGACCAGUGCAUCCACCGUUGCUGCACUCCUCAGCCAGCCUGCCCCGUCCAUCAAGACUCCCUCCAUCCCUCCCCCGGUCCUCUCUGACCCUUCCUCCUCCUCCCCAUCGCCCUCCUCCUCGGCUGCAGCAGACCGCAGAGCAUCCAGUAUUGCAGCUCUAAGGCUGAAGGCUAAAGAGCACUCUGCCCAGAUCACCCAGAUCCACAUCCUGCCCGGCAGAGCUCCUGGAAAGGAGGUGUGCUGAACAGCUGUUAUCCCAAUCUUUUCUCUCUCUCCUGGGCUUUUGUCCCUCACCUGUCCCCCUCUUACCUCUCAUACCUCUGGAGUGGUGUGGUGGGUGGAUCCAACCCUUAUCUCUAACCUCUGAUCUUCUAACUUCCCCACUCCUUCCCCAUAAUUCUUAGCCCCAAACAAAAAGCACAACCAAAUUCAAAGAGCACUGGCAAACCGGAGCGCUGGGUGUGUGUGUGUGUGUGUGUGUGUGUGUGUGUGUGUGUGUGUGUGUGUGUGUGUGUGUGUGUGUGUGUGUGUGUGUGUGUGUGUG